AUGGAGGCGUCUGUCACCAGGAACAGAAACCCAAAACUGAGAACUGCAUGCGACAGAUGUUACGAGCUCAAAGAACGAUGUGAGCGUGCAACGACCUCCGCCCACUGUGAACGGUGCGAAAGGCUAGGCUUAGCUUGUUUGAAAGUACGGCCGCUGCGACCCAUGGGUAGAAGGACAAAUGCUGAGAAGGACUUUGUCUCUAGAAUGUCACCUGGCAAUACGUCGGGCAAACGCAGGAAGCUGGGGCAAAUUAGUACAAGUAUGGACGCAUGUUUGGACGCCCUUCCCGACCUCCAACCAGAAGAAAAGGAGCUGUUGCUGUUUCUCUUAGGCCAGCCUGAAAGCCUAGAUCAAUUUGUUGUAUCCUCGAGCUUUCAAGUCGAACAACAACAUUCGCUCGCUACCCAGCUCCAGAUGCCAGAUGCCCUGCCAUUACUCAAGGAUGCUUAUCUUGCAUAUGCUAUUACCCUCAGGCAGCUUCAAUCUGGCUCUGUGACGGACAUUGACACGAGUACCUGUGUCGGCUAUAUAUCAAAGGCCAUGCGCGCGCUACAGUCACUACCUGUUUUGCAUUCACAGCAUACAGUAUUAUGCCACACUCUAGGAAGUAUACUGGCUUUUUCGAUAUACUCAGCCAUCGGUGUAGGAGUUCCAGACAUCUGCCGUUACUGUCUCGGCACCACAAACCCAGUUGUGGGAACAACAAUGUUCGAUGCACACAAAGAUCCGUGGCAGAGCUUCCUGGUCCUACUGGAGACUAUGGACUGUCUUGUCUAUCGGCGAAAACCGAUUCAAUCGAUUCAGAUACCAGGCUUUGCUAUUGACCGCCGACUUGGUCUCUGUUUACCUCUCUUGCCUUACUACCAUGAUCUCUGUGUAAUCAGCAAUUCACUUCUCAAUACAACCGAUGUGGCCAUGCUGGCCCUCCUUCAAAAGCAGCUAGAUAGCAUACAUGCGGUUCUGGAGUUAUGGCAGCCAUCUCACUUGGAUCAACUUGUCGGGCAGUUUGAUUCCGCAGAUAUCGUCAAUCUUCUUGCGCAAGCCAAAGUGUAUCGCUUAGCAGCGCUCCUAGUGGGCCACCGGUUGCAAUUUCCAUUUAAUUGCGAAGAUGUUCAAGCCGAAAUAUGGUCCAAGGAAGCUAUGAUGGAAUUUGAAAUGGCGAAAAGUGUCACGAAGCGACCGCUACGAUUUGUGACGUUACCAUUCAUCGUCGCAGCGGUCGAAGUUCGAGAUGAGAGCCUACGCUUCAAGACGCUUCAGCAUGUGGACGAUUAUGUCGAUCAUUAUUCUCCAAUCUUGCAAAAGGCAACCAAGACAUUCUUGUCAAGAGUUUGGCAUGAGCGAGAUCUGAAUCUUACUAGUCGUUGGUUUGAUUCAAUACAUAAACCAUGUCCUGUAAUCGCUUCCAUUGAUGCAACAUGCUUUAGUAGCUCAUAG